AUGGAGAGAAUUUAUUUGAAAGGGCUUUUCGUUUGCUUCGUUCAAUUUGUUUUGUUUGGGGCUUUGUACUGGCAUUUUACAGAAAGAAUAGAAGAGUCUUUCAGCUUCGAGUAUUAUUCAAAGAGAUCAAACAAAGAAGAGAGUAAAACUGAGAAAUUUCUUGAGAAAGAAGAUGAAUUAUGGAUAGAACCUACACCAUACAACAGCAAAAAAUGGGGAAAAACUCAAUCCCACGAAAAUUUCAAUUACAACGAAGCAUAUUUCUCCAACUCCGCUCCGCCAAAUUUCAUCGGAGCUGGCGCGAAAAAAUGUGGCACCGGCGCCUUUAAAUUCUUUAUGGGUCACCAUCAGCAUUUCAAACAAGCGAGAGGGGGAGAAGCACACUUCAUUUAUGACGAUUCGAAAUGGGCUCUCGGCUGGCCCUACUACCAAAAAUAUUUCAAGGGCUACGGCCCAAACGAUGGAAAUGUAAUUUUCGAAGGAACGCCGAGAUACAUGGUCGAAAACCUGGUCCCAGAAAGGGUAAAAGCGAUGAAUCCUUUGAUGAAAAUCGUGUUUGUCUUCUGCGAUCCAAUCAAGCGCCUCAAAUCUGACUUCAUGCACGUUCCUUUGACAAAAGAGCCGCACAAUCGAAUCAUUGGUGCGUAUUCAAAAGUCGGGGACAUCAUCGACUCUGCUCUUCCAGACAUCAAAUCGAAGCUCAAACUCCACGGGGAAGACUACAUCACUGACAUUUAUCGCCACGACAUCGCACACAGCCUUUUCACCAAUAGCAUCUACGUUCAUCACCUCAAACAUUGGCUAGAAUACUUCCCGAAAAACCAAAUCCUGAUUCUCGAAGGCGAAGAAAUCCUAAAAUCGCCGCAAAAAAUGGCUAAAAAGACGCAAAAAUUUCUCAAUCUCGAGGAAGAAAUCAAGGACGAGCACUUUUUCAUCAACAAAACUUCUGGUUACUACUGUAUCAAAAACCCAGCCACUCUCGAGCCCCACUGUAUGUCUACAAAAGCAAAAGGGCGGUCAUCGAAGGUUGAUCCAGAAGUUCUAGAGCUAUCAGAAGAGCAAGAAAAGGAGCUGAAUGAGUUUUUUCUGCCUUUUAAUCUGCAACUCUGUGAGAUUAUUGGACCCAGUUUGAGCUUUUUAAAGCACAUUUGCUAG